AAAUGAAUGCAUGGUGAGUGAUUGCGGGCUCAGUGAGCAAUAGAUGUCACAAUGAGUGAGCAGCAGAACAGAGGGAUUUGUAAGUCAAAUACAGAAGCUAGACACAGAAAAAGACACAAAGUAUCUGCAUGACCUACAUAGGUUAUAAAGCGGAAGUGUGCUCAAGAAAGGGAGGAACUGAGAGACACCAAAAAGGCAGAGAGACAAGCCUUGCACAAGAGAUACUUCAACUGAGAGGAAAGGAACAGCAGAGUUGGGGCAGAAAGAGUCUGCAAAAAUAAGUCUUACUAUAGGGAAAGAGACAAGCAGGGCAGAGACAUCGUAGGAGUUCCACAGAGCAGAAGGCACAGCUAUGGGUUCAGGGACUUGUGAGAUAGAUGCUCUCAGGAGCGAGCGAGCAUAGAAGUGGAGGAAGCGGAGAGCGCAUUUCAAGAUAUCAGGGUUGAGCUUUACAGCUAUGAGAGAAAAAAUUAUCUUAGAUGGUGUGGAACUCUUGAAGGUUACGUAGAGGAACAGAGUCCGAGGAGUAGAGGCAGUGUAGAGAGGAGUUGGUUGUGCUGACUGUAGGUUAAGAAACCGUAAAAGUGCGCAACGGAGGGAGGGAGGAGAGGCGAGAGAGUCACCUGAAAUAAGCAAGCCAUUUGAAGCAGGUGAUGGAUGGGGGUUUGGUGAAACAGGGGGCUCUGUAUGUACAGCAUCAGCAACGGUUCGGAAAGAAGUGGAAGAAAGUAUGGGCACUGUUAUACGAAGCCACUUCCAACGGACUGGCACGCCUGGAGAUGUACGAGGGCUUCCAGCCUCCUGAAACAGGGCGUAAGCAAGAAUGCUGGAAGCUGCUACAGCUCAGUGAAUGUGUGAGUUUAUCAGAUCGCUGUGGAGAAAAUUGCCCAAAAGACACUCGGGUAUUCAGCAUCGAGACAGCGCAGAGGGUCUACCUGAUAGCUUGUGAGAUUUGCGAACAGCCAAACUGGAUAAGAGCGCUCUGCAGCCUGGCGUUUCCACAGGAGCGCCGCACCUUGGAGAGGACAGGCAGCCAGCCGCUCAUUCCAUCUCUCCAACUACAAGAGAAUACUCUAUACGGCACCAGCAAGGAGGCUUCAGCAGGUGGCCAGUUUGCAGUGAGGGUGAGGCAGACAGAAGCUUCAUCUCGCUGUGGUCUCUCCGGUAUGUACACGCUUGUAGCUGAAGACAAAUGUCUUUCUCUGAGAGAUCGCCAAACGGGAAAUGUGCUCUUCAGCUGGCCUUAUCCAUAUCUCAGGAGGUUUGGAAGAGACAAGACCAUGUUUUCUUUUGAAGCUGGCCGGCGUUGUGCUUCAGGAGAAGGCAACUUUGAGUUCGAAACAUCCCAUGGAAGUCACAUUUUCCAGUCCAUUGAAGCUGCCAUUAAAGCAAGUCACAUUGAUUCCCCAGCUGUCCAUGAACAGCAUCACGAGGAUGGCUUCAAUCUACCACGUCAACCAGUCCGAUCUGCUUCUCUAGCGGGGGUCCCUACACAGUCAACUCUUCCCAAGAACAAUACACUUGCCAACCAACCCAUUCCCGAGAGUGAAUAUGCCGUGCCUUUUGAUAAAGUGGCACAAAAUCUUUUGGCUACAGGCUUCGGAGGUCUUCUCGGACCAAAUGUUCCCCCACAGGCAAAAACAAGAAAGUUUCGCAAACCUGAGCAUAUUUACGAUGAGCCAGAACUUGCUCCAGUGUAUGAUGAGCCUGAAGGAAUCAGGGUGGAUGCUUGGAAAAGUCAAGCCACUGAUGCCCAUGAGAUUGGGUAUGAAUAUCCAUAUUUACCAGGAUGGGAUGAUUAUGCAGUGCCCAGGGGAGCAGGAAAGACCUGUCAAGUGGAGGGGAAAGAAGAGGAGGAAGAGUGGGGAGCAAAGGGUACCAAGGAAAGGGAAUAUGACAAUAUUACAUUACGGGGGGCAAAGGAGAGCUGAAGAUCUUUCUCCAAAUAUUUUAUAGACCCUACUUUCCACCCAUACUACUGAAGUUUCAAAAACUAAAAAAAAGUGUUAGGUACGAAAAUUUGUGCACAGACCUUUUUGCUCAUAAAUUUGAUUGUUGCUACACGAUUUAUUGGGUGACCUUCACGUACUGUACUAUAACAUAACUGGACUAUCUUCAAAACAAGAGACUGGCUGGAUUGAGCUUACAUCCUCUUAUUAUUUGUGCUUUCAUUACUGAAGUCUCUUUAAUGGGUUGGACUUUGACUUACAGGAUAGCUACCAAUAGGUGGCACUAAAGAGAGUUUUCUUCUUUCUAGAGGAAUGCAAAUUUGCAUACUCUUUCUCCUUACACAUUUCCUGAUAGACUCCGUACACCAGUUGAAUCUCCUCAAAUAAAACCAAACCCCUCCCAAUACACGCUCCCAAGAACUACAUCAAAGGCAACUCACCAGUCCACCCAAUCACCUACUCUGUACUAAAAAAGGACAAAAUCUCUUUUACUCAUGGAGCAUUGCCUGUAAGAAUCCAUACACCAGCUGGAUCUCGUUAAAGAGGUAGUCCACCCCUAGAAAUCUUAUCCCCUAUCUAAAGGAUAGGGGAUAAGAUGUCUGAUCACGGGGGCUCUGCCGCUGGAACCCCAGCACCCGGUGUUCGUUUAGAACACUGGAUGCGGUCAGCUGGGGGUCAUGAUGUCACGGCCAUGCCCCACGU